GAGCACCUAAUAAAAGAUAAACCCUAGUUGCAACCCGUGGAGUAAGUUACUGACCAAACCACGUUAAAUCUCGUGUUCUUAUUUUCUGCUAUUUGUGUGUGUGUGUGUUCGCUUCCGCUUGACCGCCUCUGAUCUCUGAUUCCUAACAAGUGGUAUCGGAGCCUUGGUUCAGCUAAACACACGGUUACACAGGAUCAAUCGCAGGAAGAAGGCUGUUCAAGAUUGUUUUUGCUGCUGUUUUGCUGCCGCGGUUAAGGGGCUGGUUCGGAUCUGAUCAGGGGCUGGUUCGAAUCUGAUCAGAGGCUGGUUUAGAUCUGGUCAGGGGCUGUUCAGUCGGUUUUGGGUGAACUUGGCGAUUAGGGUUUCUGGUUUUGGACCUGGUACUCGUUGGUUCGGGUUCUUUGAUUUAGGGUUUGUUUUCUUUUGGAGGUUGCUUGGUUUCGGGCCGUUAUUCCUUGGUUUUUUCUAUGGUUUUUUUUCUCUCGUUCUGCAAUGGCCGAGGACGGGAGGGUUCGAAUCGAGAAGUUCAACGGUACUGAUUUUGCAUGGUGGGAAAUGCAAAUAGAGGCGUUGCUUGGUGAGUACGAUUUGGACAUGGUACUGGAAGAGAAACCGGAUGGAAUGGAUAAGGCUGCUGAAGCAAUUUGGGACUCAAAGGACAAAAAGGCAAGAGGUAAAAUUACACUAGUUUUGACGAGGAGUGUGGCGUUUAAUACCAUGAAGGAAACAACUGCUCGUGGUAUGUUAACAGCUCUGUCAAAUAUGUAUGAGAAACCAUCGGCCGGCAAUAGAGUGUUCUUGAUGAGGGAAUUGUUCAUGAUGAGAAUGAACAAGGGCAGCCUAGUUGCUGAUCACAUUAAUGAGGUCAAUUCGAUCUUGUCGAGGUUAUCAUCAGUAGGCAUGAAGUUCAAUGAUGACACUCAGGCUGUGAUUCUGUUAUCUUCCUUGCCUGAUAGUUGGUCGGGAUUUGUGACAACGGUUACUGAAACUGCUGGAACAGGAAACUUGAAGUUUGAUCGGAUACGGGAUAGUGUUUUGGGUGAAGACAUUUGCCGGAGGAACGCUAUUGGAGGAUCUACUUCUAGGUUACUCAGUGUUAGCAGGGGAAGAGGUAAUAACAGAAACAGUGGGAGUCGUGGGAAGAGCUCGUCUAAGGCUGGAAAGAAUGUGGUGUGCUGGGUCUGCAAAGAAGUUGGGCAUGUCAAGAGCCAAUGCCCAAACAAGAAAAACGAAAUUAGCGCAGUUGUUGGGAAUGCAUCUGAUGAUGAUAGUGAUGCAUUGAUACUCAGCAUGGAAAGCUAUGUUGACUCUUGGGUCAUGGAUUCUGGUGUUUCGUUUCACGCCAUGCACAGUGGUGAGGCGAUGGUGAAUCUUAAAAAGGGAGACUUUGGAAAGGUAAAGUUGGGUAACGGGAAAAUCCUUAAAGUCACAGGCAUGGGAGAUAUUGAUCUAAAAACUUCAUUUGGAACUACUUGGAGCUUACAAAAUGUCAGGGUGAUUCCAAGAUUGAAGACAAAGUUGAUCUCAGUCGAACAAUUGAAUGAGCAAGGACUAGACGUCAAGUUUGGUGGUGGAAAAUGGAUGGUGAUCAAAAGAAAUUUGGUUAUUGCUCGAGGCUUGAAAAGAGGAUCGUUAUACAUGGUACCGGUGACAUCUAAGAGAGUGACCAACCCGGCAGAGACAGUUAACAAAGUCGGGCUCACUGAAUCGGGCAAAGCUAAGAAGGUUCAUUUUGCAAACGUGAAUCUUGGAGUUUUGGGGAUGACGGUUGAGUGUGUUCGGAGGUCUGAAUCAGGUCAGGGGUUUCGUGACAGUGGGAGCAUGGGACGUGUUCCGAGUACAGUUGUGAAACGUCAUUGGGUUUUGAGGACCAAGAAUCCGAACGUUAAAAUCUCUCAUGAGAGUAGUUUGCUGGAUUUGGAGAGUGGUAAUGGUCCUCGGUGUAUCUCUGGAUCCGGUGGAUUGUGCAAGCUGGUUGAGACAGAGGCUGUGGCGGUUACAGUCACGACUGGGUUGGAGCUCGGUGGAGCUUCAACUGUCCUUUCAGAUAACGCCAGGGCCGAAGUCAAGCACGCUCCAACGUUCCACCAUGAAUUUCGCCCAAUUAAAGCUUCAACGGGAAUAAUCUCAACGGGGAGAAAUCUCCUGGCAAUAAAUUCAGAGGAAUUGGUCGAGAGUUGGAGGGGGGAAAUAUCACCGAAAAUAAGAGAGCGGCGGCUCUAGGCCGCGGCAACAGAAAUUGAAGCCGCGCACCACGCGCACCAGAGGAGGAAGCAGACGGCGGCGGACCACUGCUCGCCGGCGGACGACGAUGGUGGGUAGCAACUUUUCUUCAACCUCCAAUCCCUUAAUUUCUUCAUCUUUUUCAACAAAGUGGUAACCCUAGCUUGUUUCUCCAAUUUUGUUCUCCAAAUCUUUGUUAAGUGUUGUUUUUUAGUUUAGUUUUAACAUUUUUUUCCUUGGUUUGUGUUAAUUUUGAAAAUUCCAAAAAUGGUUGGUGUUCUUUCAUGGGUUUUUAAUAUUGCACAAGUUGUUGAUUUGCUUGAAUUGUUUCAAAUUCAUAAGUAGGUUGUUCUGUAGAAUUCGGUUUUUGUUGAAGCUAUUUUAGCUCCAUAAGAUAGUUAAAUAAACUCCGAAUUCAUACGUGUUUCUUUUUUGUGCUUGUGUUCGUUGAUUUUAAGGAUUUUGGACUUCUUAGCCCCAUAAGUUGAUUCAUUUUCCUUAGAAUUCGCUAUAGAGUGAUUUUGUUAUGUUAUGUGUUUGUUUUCCAUUUUCAUUAAAAUUGAGAUUGUUUAAGUGCAAUAAACAAUUCUUGAUUUAUUGAAAAUAUGUUGUGUUCUUCUAUGUGAAUAGAAAAAAACGUCAUUGGUUUGAGGAGUUAAUGGAAAUCUAUGAAAUGUGCUCAUCAUUAGGAGAAAAAGUUUAUUAAAAUAUAUAAGGUAUUGGCGGUUUGUGAAUAGAUUAUGUAUGAGAGUUGAAUGCAUAAUAAAUUCUCUCUUUUAUAAACUUUUUCUAUAGUGGAAGUACGUUUUCAUACUUGAAUAGAGAGUUGGGGUUCUAAGGUAUAUUUCAAAACGGGCCUUUGAAUUGCAUGACUCCGGGCCGUGUGGAGAGUUGACAAUCCUCCAUAUCGUGGUUAAGGAAAUGAAUCGACUCGGCCUCUGAUUGUUUUUUCUAUUCUUAAGUGCGUAAGUUACGUAAUAUAUUGUCUACGUGCCUAUUAUACGUGUAAUGUUCGGCUUGUGUUUGUUCUUUUUUUUAUUUUGUUUUGGGUUCUUGGUGGUGUUUCUUGGGUUACCUUUGUUGGAGGAGAUGAAUACCUUUUG